GACAACUCCCUUCAUUUGACAGCAAAGCCUUGUUCUUUCCUCAUUCGAUCUGACAAAGACUACAACUUUCCCAAGAAUCCGGGCUCACCCACAAAACCCAGUUCGAGAAAAUGCACGAUUUCUGCUUCACGAUCCCCUACGGGCUUCUGCUUCUGGGUGGAGGAGUUUUUGGGUAUUUGAGGAAGGGCAGCACUGCUUCUCUGUAUGGAGGUGCAGGCAUUGGAUUGCUCCUCACUCUUGCUGGCUAUCUUAGCCUCCAAGCCUUUCAUCAGAAGAAGAACUCUUACUUUGCUCUCAUUGUUCAAACAGUUUGCGCUACCGCACUAACAUGGGUUAUGGGACAACGAUAUAUGCAAACUUCUAAGAUCAUGCCUGCUGGUGUUGUCGCUGGCCUCAGUGCUGUCAUGAUGGGAUUUUAUCUCUACAAAAUUGCAACCGGUGGCAACCAUAUUGCUGCGAAGACUAAGUAAUGGUAUUUGAGGGUUACUUUCUGUACUUAGAAAUUGACAUAUUCAAACUUCAUCUAUCACAAUACACAUAUUUGAUAUUGAUCAUACUUUUAAUUAAAAUCCACAAUUGCUAGAUACUGUGCUCCCUGGUUAUGUAUGAAAUGGAAGAUGGCUUUUGUCUUUGAA